GCUGAAGGAGUGGCGUAAGCGGAAAUACAAAGGACAGACGGUCGGGAAAGUUCGAUAAGCACCGAGCCUAACCAGUACUCUCGUGCUUGUGAGAAGACUAGGAGGCAAAGAUGUCGGAGCGAAAAGUUUUAAACAAAUACUACCCACCUGACUUUGACCCGUCGAAGAUCCCCAAGCUCAAGCUGCCCAAAGACCGGCAGUACGUGGUACGGCUAAUGGCCCCCUUCAACAUGAGGUGUAAGACGUGUGGAGAAUAUAUCUACAAGGGCAAAAAAUUCAACGCCCGCAAAGAGACGGUGCAGAACGAGGCCUACCUGGGCCUACCCAUCUUCCGCUUCUACAUCAAGUGCACACGCUGCCUUGCAGAGAUCACCUUCAAGACAGACCCCGAAAACACAGACUACACCAUGGAGCACGGAGCCACGCGGAACUUCCAGGCUGAGAAGCUCCUGGAGGAGGAGGAGAAGAGAGUGCAGAAGGAGCGGGAGGACGAGGAGCUGAACAACCCCAUGAAGGUACUGGAGAACAGAACCAAGGACUCCAAGCUGGAGAUGGAGGUUCUGGAGAACCUGCAGGAGCUCAAGGACCUGAACCAGCGACAGGCCCAUGUGGACUUUGAGGCCAUGCUGCGGCAGCACCGCCUGUCAGAGGAAGAGAGGCAGAAGCGGGAGCAGGAAGAGGACGAGAGGGAGACGGCGGCCUUAGUGGAAGAAUCUAGGAAACGAAGACUCCUGGAAGACUCUGAUUCAGAGGAGGAUGCUGCUCCCACCCAGCCCUGGCCUGCCCUCCCGCCCAACCCCACCGCCAUCCUGGACGAGGCCCCAAAAGCCAAGAGGAAGGUGGAGAGCUGGGAGCGCAGCGUGGGCACCCUUGGCAGCAGGCCGCAGCUGUCACGCUUAGUCGUGGUGAAGAAAACAGACUUGGACCGCAGCAUCCAGAGAGGCCUGGCCCCACCAAGCGCAGUGAUGAACGGAAAGACAGCCGAGCCUUCGCCCCAGGCGCCUGGCCCCUCCUCCCUGAGCCAGCUGGGUGUGUAUUCCGACAGUGAGGACAGUAGCGGCAGCAACUGAGCCCUGCCCCCAGGCCCUUCCUGGGUCAAGGCCACAGCCAGCUCCAGCCUUCCCUUGGGACCAACCAGAGUCACGACCGGACAAGCAUGAGUGUCCUUCAGAGCUGGCGGGGCCUGCAAGGCAUCAUCCGAGGAACUCGAGGAACUCAGUUUCUCUCCUGCCCCCACCCUCCAGCCCUCCCCAGCUCACCCCUGGACAGCCCUGGAGCAGCUCCCCGCAGGCCUUCACGGUCGUCUCUAGGACAGUCCCGAGAUGUCGGCUGUUUGUUGGGCACAUGAGUGAGCCCAUCCACCAGCGGUGGGCUGGUUGCAUCCCUUCCCACCACAGAACCACCUGGAACCAAUAAAAUGAACUUGUAGUCUGGCCUGGGCACCGUCUCUCUGCCAGCACCUGAGGAGAGGGCUGCAGAACCACACAACCCCAUGGGUCCUGGUGUCCUGACUCGGAGAAACCACGAGAUAGUAAACAUUCACCACUGAGUGUGUCACUUCGGGGAUAAUUUGUGAAACAGCGAUAGAAGGCUAGUAUGGUCAUAUGACCAGCAAGUCUGAUUACAAAGCUCACGUUCUUUCAAGGUUGCCAGACUCCAACUUGCGCAAUCCUCUCCAACCGCAGUAUUUUCUAGUUGAAGGUCCUGUGCCCCUGUCAGACGCCUCCACAGCCUGAUCAUCCCUGAUCUCUCCCACCCCUCCCAGGGUUCCAGACAUCAGCCCUCUCUACACACACACUCACAGACUUCCAUCUGCCAUCUGCACAUGAGGCUCCGGGUUUUUCACUGCCACAGUUUGGGGGAUAAGAUGCCCCCACUUUGGGGAUCUGCUUUUCUAUGAUGAUUUCUCUGGUUAGGGACAGCAUGCAGAAUGGACAGCAUCCAGACAGGACCCGGGGGCCUGAUUCCAAAGUUCUGAUAUGGGGACAGAAGCUGGCUCACACUGGCAGCUGGUGAGACCUGUCGCCUCCUGCAUUUAUUUCUCUUGCACUUAGCAGCAUCGUGUGUGUGGCUUAAAAUCGGCCAUGGCAGGACUACCUACACCAUGGAAAUCGGCAGGUGCUGUGAAUCGGUCCCCCACGCCGGAGCCAGUUCUGAAGCAUGUACCAGCCCAGCACUGCCUGUUGUCCCCCAACUCAGCCUCCUUAGUCACUGCCCGGAACUGGGGCCAUUCAGAGAUUCUGGGUUAAGAUAAGUCAUCUAGCUUAUGUAGUUGGAAAAGGAGAUUGAGGGGUUGGGGUUUCUUUGGUUCAUUUUGAUUAAUUCUUUCAGAUUGUUCCCUGAACUUCCUUUGCUCUUGAUCCACUGCCAUUUUUGCCAUGUAUGUACACCACUUGUUACUAUUAUCUACUUAAUAUUAUUGUUUACCUACUUUCUAAAGCACUUGUCACCAAACUAUGGUCCGCGGGCCAAACCUGGACCAUGGCCUGCCUUUAGAAAUCAAGUUUUGUUGCCACACUAACAUCCCCACUUGUGUGCGGGCCAUCCAUGGCUGCCCUCACUCUCUGGCUGCAGAGGUGAGUGGUUAAGACAGUGAUUCUGUGACCGGCAGAGCCAAAAUAUUUACUCUCAGACCCCCUAUCAAGAUGGCUUGCUGCCUCCUGUCUAGGUCACCCAACUGCUCCCCGCAGCCUCCAGUGGGAGGUGGCCAGGACAGCCCUGACCCCAACUUCUAGGCUCAUGCUGUUCUGCAGCUCUGCUGGCUGAGCCAGCUCCCCUCCCCUUCGUGUGACACAGUGGAUAGAGUACACAGGGUCCAUUUAUACAGUGAUGAGAACAGCUAACAUCAGUGAAGCACAGAUACCUGCCAAACCUCUGCUAAGCUUUUCAUGCAAACUCAUUUGUUUCAGUUUCCCAAUAAAAACUGGGAAAUAAGAAA